AAGCGAGUCUAAAUCGAGUAAAAAGCUGUCAUCAUGCUGAGAGCUGUCUUCGUGAUUUGUGUGAUUCUGCCACAGCUCUUGAAUGGACUCUUGGCCAUCCGGAUUCACUGCCGCCACACGGAGAGUAUACACGAGGAGAACAUUCACCACUGCUGCAAACAUCCAGAUGGUCACAAUGACGUCACGGAAAUGUGUGCCAAGAAGACCAACUUCCGUCUGCCGAAUCCCGACGAGGAGGCCAUUGAGGACGUGACGGUGGACCAGGCGAUGGUCGGAACCUGCUGGGCCAAGUGUGUCUUCGAUCACUACAAUCUGAUGGAGAAUAACACCCUGGACAUGGUCAAGGUGCGUUCCUAUUACAAACGUUACCAUACAUCGGAUCCGGAAUACGAAACAGAAAUGCUGAAUGCCUACGAGAGAUGCCACUCAAAAUCUGAGGAUGCCACCGAACAGUUUCUAUCGCUCCCGAUCGUGAGGGCUUUUGCCACUGCCAAGUUCUGCAAACCAACCUCCAGUAUUAUCAUGUCCUGCGUCAUCUACAACUUCUUUCAUAACUGUCCAAGGAGUCGAUGGUCGAACACCACUGAGUGCGCGGAAACUUUGGCCUUUGCCAAGAAGUGCAAGGAUGUGCUGACAACAAUGUAAAAAUAAAUAUUUUAAAAUUACAUUUU